AUGGGGCCGGCCCUGCUCACCUUGCCACCAGUGAAACCAUUAAAGAAGAAAGUUUUAGAUAUGGGAUUUCUGAAGUAUGGAUUUCUGAGCAAAAUCGGGAGUCAACUUGAUGCGGCUGCAAAAGGGACCUAUAUCUUGAACAGGGAUUUUGAUACAAUGAGCAGGCUCGUGGGCCGGCUUCAGGACGAGAUUGAUCACAACAAAGAAAUGAUUCAAUUCUGCUUGGACAGGAGGGAAGAUAGGAUUUCUUUCCGAGUACUGAAGGAGAUGAAGAAGUGUGAAGUUGGGUUCAUGAAACAAGUUGAGGAGCUUGAGGAGCAUGUUUAUUUGUGUCUUGUUACAAUCAAUCGGGCUAGAGCUCUGCUGAUGAAGGAAAUUUCAAGUCUGGUGUAG